CUUUCAGCUAAUUAGUAAAUUCAUAGGCAAUAUAUAACACAGUGAAUCCGAUCACUGAAGAUUGAUGAACAAAAAGAAGAAACGGAGAAAAGGCGUUUAUAUGAUCGGGAAGGCGGAAGAAAACGAAGUACAGAGUGAAUUAGAAACGGCAAGACACCUUGAGAAGGGGGAGAAAUGUUGAGGAGUUUGGCGAGAAGAAUUGCUUCGGCUACUUUGGCAUCCAAGUCGAGCUCGCCUCAUCUUCUGCGCUGCACAAGAGCUUUCAGCUUCGGGGUUCUUCCCGAUGGAGUGGACAGGACUUCCGAGGCGUUCUCGCACAACUCUAUGGCCAUGGAGUCUCUCAUUUCCCAGCUCCAAUCCAACAUAAACCAGGUUCUGGCUGGAGGAGGAGAAGCGGCGGUCAAGAGGAACAGAAGCAGGAAUAAGCUGCUGCCAAGAGAAAGAAUUGACCGGCUGCUUGAUCCAGGUUCUUCAUUUCUUGAGCUUUCUCAGCUUGCAGGCCAUGAAUUAUACGAUGAAUCCCUGCCUUCUGGUGGAGUAGUUACAGGAAUAGGUCCUGUUCAUGGGCGACUUUGUAUGUUUGUAGCGAAUGAUCCUACCGUCAAGGGGGGAACUUACUAUCCCAUUACAGUGAAGAAACAUCUCAGGGCGCAAGAGAUUGCUGCUCGAUGCAGACUGCCUUGCAUCUAUCUCGUCGACAGUGGUGGUGCUUUUCUUCCAAAGCAGGCUGAGGUGUUCCCCGACAAGGAUAACUUCGGUAGAAUUUUCUUCAAUCAAGCUGUAAUGUCUGCUGAAGGCAUACCGCAGAUUGCACUGGUAUUGGGUUCCUGUACUGCUGGUGGUGCCUACAUUCCUGCCAUGGCUGAUGAAAGUGUGAUGGUCAAGGGAAAUGCAACCAUAUUUUUGGCUGGACCACCGCUUGUCAAGGCUGCUACAGGAGAGGAAGUAUCUGCUGAAGACUUGGGUGGUGCUUCUUUACAUUGCAAAACAUCAGGAGUUUCAGACUAUUUUGCUCAAGAUGAAUUGCAUGCACUUGCUCUUGGAAGGAACAUUAUCAAGAACUUGCAUAUGGCUGGAAAAGGUGGAGUGAAAAGUGAAGGACAUAAGUUAAGUCCAGAGUACAAAGAGCCCUUAUAUGACAUAAAGGAACUGAGAAUUAUUGCCCCAGCUGACCACAAGCAGGCCUUUGAUAUUCGAUCAGUUAUUGCUCGAAUUGUCGAUGGAAGUGAGUUCGACGAGUUCAAGAAAUUAUAUGGAACAACCCUGGUGACAGGCUUUGCUAAAAUAUUUGGACAACCUGUGGGAAUCAUUGGAAAUAAUGGAAUAUUGUUUAAUGAUUCUGCUCUAAAGGGGGCCCAUUUCAUUGAACUCUGUUGUCAGCGUAACAUUCCUCUAGUUUUCCUGCAGAACAUCACUGGAUUCAUGGUUGGCUCAAGGUCCGAGGCAAAUGGUAUAGCAAAAUCUGGGGCGAAGAUGGUUAUGGCUGUUUCUUGUGCAAAGGUGCCAAAGGUAACCAUCAUGGUUGGUGGGAGCUUCGGUGCUGGGAACUAUGCAAUGUGCGGUCGUGCGUAUAGUCCAGACUUCCUCUUCAUGUGGCCAAAUGCAAGAAUCUCAGUCAUGGGUGGUGUUCAGGCUGCUGGGGUGUUGUCUCAAAUCGAAAAGGCGAACAAGAAAAAACAGGGAAUCCAGUGGACACCAGAAGAGGAGGAAAGCUUCAAGGGGAAAGUGGCGGAGGCAUACGAACGAGAAGGCAGCUCGUACUAUUCCACAGCAAGGCUUUGGGACGACGGCAUCAUCGAUCCAGCCGAUACGAGGAAAGUUAUAGGGCUCUGUAUAUCAGCUUCCACGAACCGCCCCUCUGAAGAUACCAAGUUUGGUGUGUUCAGGAUGUAGUAGUAGAAUGUAGAGUGAACACUUUACAGAUUCUCUGGUUAAACCUACAAUCACUAGGGAAUUGGAACUAGCCAUUACCUUGAAAAGCCUUGAUAAAUGAUCAUUGUGGUU